AUCACGUCCGGAGCCCGGCGGAACUGGACUCCCCUAGCUUCCGCGGCGGGGCCGGAAGUAAGAGCGGGGUGGUGGCGGCCCAAAGCGGAGUGAAGGGGAAAAGUAGGGACCCGGAGAGCCGGAGCCGGAGUCGCAGCGGCGGAGACCCCUGUGCGGUGCGGAGGGGGCGGCGGCCCCGGCUCUGACCCGCGCCGGGGGGUGGGCCAUGGCGGAGAUCAGCGACCUGGACCGGCAGAUCGAGCAGCUGCGGCGCUGCGAGCUCAUCAAAGAGAGCGAGGUCAAGGCCCUGUGCGCCAAGGCGAGAGAGAUCUUGGUGGAGGAGAGCAACGUGCAGAGAGUGGACUCUCCAGUCACAGUAUGCGGAGACAUCCACGGGCAGUUCUAUGACCUCAAGGAGCUGUUCAGAGUGGGUGGCGAUGUCCCUGAAACCAACUACCUCUUUAUGGGGGACUUUGUGGAUCGAGGAUUCUACAGCGUGGAAACGUUCCUCUUGCUGCUGGCGCUCAAGGUUCGCUAUCCUGAUCGCAUCACCCUGAUCCGGGGCAACCACGAGAGCCGCCAGAUCACCCAGGUCUAUGGCUUCUAUGACGAGUGCCUGCGCAAGUACGGCUCGGUAACCGUGUGGCGCUACUGCACAGAGAUCUUCGACUACCUCAGCCUGUCGGCCAUCAUCGAUGGCAAGAUCUUCUGUGUGCAUGGGGGCCUCUCUCCCUCUAUUCAAACCCUGGAUCAGAUCCGGACAAUUGACCGGAAGCAAGAGGUGCCUCAUGACGGACCCAUGUGUGACCUACUUUGGUCUGACCCUGAAGACACAACGGGCUGGGGAGUAAGCCCCCGAGGGGCUGGGUACCUGUUUGGCAGCGACGUGGUGGCCCAGUUCAACGCAGCCAAUGACAUUGACAUGAUCUGCCGCGCCCACCAGCUGGUGAUGGAAGGUUACAAGUGGCACUUCAAUGAGACUGUGCUCACAGUGUGGUCAGCGCCCAACUACUGCUACCGCUGCGGGAACGUGGCAGCUAUCUUGGAGUUGGAUGAGCAUCUCCAGAAAGACUUCAUCAUCUUUGAGGCCGCUCCUCAGGAGACAAGGGGAAUCCCCUCCAAGAAGCCUGUGGCCGACUACUUCCUGUGACCCCUUCGGUCCCCCGCCCCCCAGCCCCGCUGGCCCUCGGACCACUGUGACUCUGCCCUCUUCUCCAGGUGGAGGCUGGGCUGGGCAAAGUGGGGGGGGGCUGACCCCAGCUCUGCACUCUCCCUGAAGAGGGCUCUUUGAGGGUGAGGACUUUCUCUGGAGAGGCGGGGAGCCUCAGCUCAUUCGCCUCCUCUCUUCUCUUCCCCACUUGAACCAUGAAGUUUCCAAUAAUUUUUUUGUUUUUUCUUUUAUUCCUUUUUUUUUUUUUGGUUUGUUUUUAGAUAAAAUUUUUGAGAGAAAAAAAGAAAAAAAAACUUCUAAUAAAAGAAGAAAACUG